AUGGCAGACACCGCCCCGGCACCACCACCCCACAGGGCCCUGCCGCCACUUCCGCCUGCCGAGCAGGACAAUUCGAACCACUCCGAGCGCUCCAGUGGCUCCGUUCGCCGUAAACCCGUGUUGGGUGUUGCACAACAGCCUCCAAUCCCUUCGUUCAGCAUAAACGAGCACGAGGACACGGGCGCCGGGGGUCGCGACUCGAGACUGUCUGAGUCGUCUUUUUCUCCGAGCUCUGCAGGCCAUUCGAGAACACCAUCGCGGGAGACCCCAGACAUUGGCAACAAUAGGGACUCGGGCACCUCGCUACCAGUAACGAAGGAUAUUCCAAUUCGACAGCUGCACAUUAACGACGGGUCAUAUCGAAGUCGGUACUCGCAUGCUGGCGAGUUGGAUAUCGCAAACAUGGAAGACGACCCUGAUUCUGCGUACACUCCUCGGGAGCAGUAUCGGCCGGAGCAGUACAAGCAGCCGACGCCACCACCCAUGGCACACUCACCGCGAGAUUCUCCAGGUGCGGACUCGCCGAACUCUAUGAAUGAAAACGGCAGUCGCAACACAUUUAACUUUGGGCCUGACGUCCCACUACAGGUACCCCGCAGUACCCUGCCGAGACCGAAUUCAGCAUACACUCUGGGUGCGGAACUGAGUCCACGAGGUUACACACAGUCCCCACGCCUAUCUGUGGGCGGCUCUCCUGCCUCCAAUGGAUCGCCCAGACAGGUUUCCGGAAGCCGACGCUCCCCUGACCUGAGACCAAUCUCGUACAUCGAUCUAGUCAAUCUGCCCUACAACCAGCAGAUUGCUCCAGCUGCAAAUCUAAGCAAUGCGCAACUGCGAACUGCCGUGGGCCAAAAUGCCUCGCUUCUUGACACAAAGAAGACCCUGGACAUGUACAGGGCGAAUGUUAAGAAAACCCAAGAUAGUGCUGUGCAGUACGAAUUUGCUUUGUUCAUGGUACAGGUCGCACGCGAUAUCAUGGCGGCGGGUUCCUCCACCGACGAUCACAGACUGGCUCCGGCCGACAUGCUUCGAGAGGCACGACAGAUCCUACAGAAAUUAGCCGACCGUAGCUAUCCUUUCGCACAGUACUACCUUGCUGAUGGUUACGCGUCAGGAUUAUUUAACAAGGACAAGCCGGACUACGACCGUGCUUUCCCACUUUUCAUCGCUGCCAGCAAACACGGGCACGCAGAGUCUGGCUAUCGCUCAGCUCUUUGUUACGAGUUUGGCUGGGGCUGUCGCAAAGACUACGCCAAAGCCGUUCAGUUCUAUCGAGCUGCCGCAUCGAAGAACCACCCAGGUGCCGCAAUCAGAUUAGGAAAGGGCAAAUACAGAGAGGGUGUCAAAUGGCUGAAACGCGCAACCGAGUCUGCCGACUUUCAGUACAACAGCGCACCCUAUGAGCUAGGUCUCUUGCACGAGACUGGAUAUGGCGAUGACAUCUUCAAGGACGAGGUCUACGCCGUGCAGCUGUUCACACAAGCUGCAGAAUUGGGGCAUCCCUUGGCAGCAUUGAAGCUGGGUGAAGCCUACGAACACGGACAAUUAUGCUGUCCAAAGGAUGCUGCACUGUCUGUUCACUACUACAACACCGCUGCUCAAGCCGACAUACCAGAAGCGAUGAUGAACCUCUGUGCCUGGUAUAUGGUGGGUGCCGAGCCUGUGCUAGAAAAGGAUGAGAACGAGGCCUAUGAGUGGGCGAAGAAGGCGGCAGAGCAUGAAAUGGGCAUCGGUUGCCGCCGCGAUCCACUCGAAGCCAAUGUGUGGUACGUCAAGGCCGCCGAUCACGGGGAUGAACGAGCAAAACAGCGCCUUGCUAUUAUUCAAGCUGCGGCGUCAGGCCAGUCGCCUCUCUCUCCCACCAGCGCGAACGACAAAAACAAACUUAAGAAGGGGACUAAGGAUGAGAACUGCAUGGUUAUGUGA